AUGUGGGGGAGGCCAGAGUUUCCUCUGUUGUCUAAGCAGGGGGAUAUUACUAUUGGAGGAGUUUUUUCCAUCCACAGCCAAAUCUCACAGCCGUCGCUCUCCUUCACAGAUAAUCCAGAACCUCUGAUAUGCUCCAGGAUCAAUUUCAGGGAAUUUCGUUUUGCCCAAACAAUGAUUUUUGCCAUUGAGGAGAUCAACAAUAGCAGCUCCCUGCUGCCUAACAUCUCACUUGGCUAUAAGAUAUUUGACAGCUGUGGUUCAACGCUGCCUUCAACACGUGCAAUGAUGGGUUUGAUGAACGGACAGGAAAGGAUUCUGGGAAAUAACUGCUCUGGUCAGUCGUCUGUUCUUGCUGUAAUUGGAGCCUCUGAGUCCUCCUCAACCAUUGUGAUGUUACAGAUUUCAGGGAUUUUCCAAAUACCAAUCAGCCACUUUGCCACAUGUGCCUGUCUGAGUAACAGAAAGCAGUACCCCUCCUUCUUCAGAACCAUCCCUAGUGACUACUACCAGAGCAGAGCCCUGGCAAAGCUGGUCAGACACUUCGGGUGGACCUGGGUUGGUGCGGUCAGAAGUGACAACGACUACGGUAAUAAUGGAAUGGCAACAUUUAUCGCAGCUGCACGGCAGGAGGGGGUUUGUGUUGAGUAUUCAGAGGCCAUUUCAAGAACUGACUCCGGUGAGCAGGUUGCGAGGGUUGUCAGAGUGAUCCGCAGAGGCAGUGCGAGAGUUUUAGUUGCCUUCCUCGCUCAAGGCGAGAUGAAUAUUCUACUCGAAGAAGCUCUGAAGCAGAAUGUGACUGGGUUACAGUGGGUGGGCAGUGAAUCCUGGAUUACAGCAGGCCAUUUGGCGAAUAAGAGGUACUCUCACAUGCUGAUGGGUUCUCUGGGCUUCACUAUUAGAAAGACAAAGAUCACAGGCCUGCAGGAAUUUCUUUUACAGGUUAACCCAAGUCAAGACCCUCAGAAUAACCUGCUGAGAGAGUUCUGGGAAGCAACCUUUGGCUGCAGUUUUCAACCCGAUGUGGAUGGUCGGAGUCAGUGCUCCGGCUCCGAGAGACUACAGGACAUCCAUAAUCCUUUCACUAAAGUGUCAGAGCUGAGAAUCUCAAACAAUGUGUAUAAGGCUGUGUACGCUGCAGCUCAUGCCAUCCAUAGCAUGUUAAAGUGUGGACAAAGUGGUGAGGCUGCGAUUCAGUCGUGCAUCUGGAAAGAUCAUUUUGAGCUGAAAGAGGUUGUGAAACACCUUCAAGAUGUCAAUUUUACACUUGAGUCAGGAGAAAGAGUGUAUUUUGAUGGAAAUGGAGACCCUGCAGCGACUUAUGAGCUGGUGAACUGGCAGAGAAACAGAGGAGGAGAUGCUGCGUUUGUGGCAGUCGGGAGCUACGAUGCUUCACUACCAGAUGGAAAGCAGUUCACUAUGAAUGGAAUAGACAUCACAUGGGCUGCUGAAUCCCUUCAGAGGCCGCUGUCUGUGUGCAGUGAAAGCUGUCUGCCAGGUUUCCGGCAGGCUGUAAUUAAAGGUAAACCCAUCUGUUGUUUCUCCUGCGUCGUCUGUGGUGCUGGAGAGAUCAGCAACUCCAGCAAUUCUGCAGAGUGCUCGUGGUGUCCACUGGAGUACUGGUCAAAUGAAGAUCACAGCCGGUGUGUUCCAAAGGUGAUCGAGUUCUUAUCUUACGGAGAAACCAUGGGGGUCCUCCUCACUGCUUUCUCCUUGUUCGGAGCCAGUUUAACAGUAGCGAUGUCGUGUCUCUUCUAUCGGUUUCGUCACACGCCUCUUGUCAGAGCCAAUAACACCGAGAUGAGUUUCCUGAUGCUCUUCUCUUUAACUCUGUGUUUCCUCUGUUCUCUGACCUUCAUCGGUCGGCCCUCUGUUUGGUCCUGCAUGCUGCGCCACACGGCUUUCGGCGUAACCUUCGCCUUGUGCAUGUCAUGCGUCUUGGCUAAAACCAUAGCAGUGGUGAUGGCCUUUAAGGCUAAAAGGCCGUCGAACAUAGUCCCUCAGUGUUCCGCUCCAUUUCAGAGAACAAGUGUUCUUGGCUGUACUUUACUGCAGGUGUUGAUCUGUGUGCUGUGGUUAACCCUUGCCCCGCCGUUUCCCUACAAAAACACCGCCUAUGCCACCGAAAGAAUUGUUCUGGAGUGUGAUUUAGGCUCACCUGUAGGGUUCUGGGCCGUGUUGGGCUACAUAGGACUCCUGGCUGUGCUAUGCUUCGUCCUCGCUUUUCUGGCUCGAAAGCUGCCUGAUAAUUUUAAUGAAGCCAAGUUCAUCACCUUCAGCAUGCUGAUAUUCGCUGCAGUCUGGGUCACUUUCAUCCCAGCAUAUGUUAGCUCUCCUGGGAAGUUCACUGUAGCUGUAGAGAUAUUUGCUAUUCUGGCCUCCAGUUUUGGUUUGUUUUUCUGUAUAUUUGUCCCAAAAGGUUACAUUUUACUACUGAAACCAGAGAGAAAUACCAAAAAACACAUGAUGGGACGAAACCAGCCAAAAACAUUAUAA